GUGGAGUGGGGGCGCCGGACAGAGGCAGGGACUUAGCUUCCGGGGGGCAGGAUGGAUGUGGGCAGGUGCUCCUGUACCGGGGCCCAGAGCUGGGCCCUGGGCCCUGGGACCCCUAUCCACGCGCCACCCUGGCGGGCAGAGUAAGGUCAGUGAGGCGGGCGCCGCUGUGACUAAUGGUCACGGCUGGGGAGCCAUGACGGCGGGCUGGGCACAGCUUCCUGUUGUCUUACUGCACCGCGUCCCCAAGUCUGGGCCUGGACACGUGGCGGGAGCCCCGUCUCCUAGGACCCUUCCCCAAAAGUGGACCCUGUGGCCCUCUCCCCAGCACACAGGGGCAGGCUGGGAGGGCCACACGGGCCAGCUGCCAGGGGUGCGGCUGGCGGGCAGGUGUCCGGCGCCAGGCUCUCCAGCCGCCCUGACAGGUGCCCAGCCCUGGGAGGGCGCAGUGACUCACCCAGCCCUGGGGGAGAACCAGCUCUGCAGGCAGGCGCCACCCAGCAUCUCCCCCCCCCCCCCCGCAGUUGAACAGCCUGGGGGUCUGGGGGAUGUGCCUGCUUUCUCUUGGCUUCCGCGUGCCCUGCCCCUACCAGCCUGCUGUGGGUCAGGGCCUCCCCAGGCCCUGGGCGCAGGUCUGAGGUUAGGGUGCUCCCGGUGCAGCCCUUGGCUUGUCUGCCGCCGCCGCCGCACUCCUGACCCACACCUGGCCCACGCUGGCUUCUGCCGGCCUCCCCCCAGGGCUUCCUCUGGGCUGGGCCCCUGUGUCAGUGUCUCAGUUGCUGUGUGCUGUCUGUGCCCCUGGCCAGUCUCCUCUUUGACAACAGCCCGUCCUCUCCCUCCUGUCUCACAGGUGGGAAGGGGGGGGGGGCAGGCCCUUCAGCCUCCUUCUCCCUGCCUCCCACCCCCCACCCCCCCAUCUGCCUCUGGCCUCUGGAGCUGGGUGGGCAGGGUAAACUGAGACCUGGGUGGGGGAGGGGCCGCUCUCCUGGAAGCAGCACUCCUUUUGUGGCCUGCGCUGCCUCCUGCGGCCCCUCCCCUGCCAGGCCUCCCGGGCGGGGGAGGGGGCCCGGUUCCCGCUGCCUUUUAAGGGCUCAACGCCUUGGCGCGCUCUCCCUCCCCCGCGGCUGGCCCUGGCCGGCCCUUUCCUCAUGGCCCCACUCUCCCUGAGCCCCCCAGGAGCCCCGGGGGCCGCUCUGCCCUCCAUACCCCACUGUGUGUCCCCCUCUCCUGUCCCUGCCCAUCGCUCUCCAUCCCGCCUCUGAAGUCCUGUUGGACACCCUGUGGGAGGCCAGGCUUCCCUGGGCCUCGGCAGCUGCGCGCUGGAGCCCAGCCGGGUGUCCCGCCGGCAGUGACUCCCCCUCCCCCCAGCCCCUAAUCCAGUUCCCAAGCGGAGCCCAUUGCGGCCAGGCUUAAGGAAGUCCGGCUGCAGAGGGACGACUUCGAGAUUCUGAAGGUGAUCGGGCGCGGGGCGUUCAGCGAGGUCGCCGUGGUGAAGAUGAAGCAGACGGGCCAGGUGUACGCCAUGAAGAUCAUGAACAAGUGGGACAUGCUGAAGAGGGGCGAGGUGUCGUGUUUCCGGGAGGAGAGGGAUGUGUUGGUGAACGGGGACCGGCGCUGGAUCACUCAGCUGCACUUCGCCUUCCAAGACGAGAACUACCUGUACCUGGUCAUGGAGUACUACGUGGGCGGGGACCUGCUGACGCUGCUGAGCAAGUUCGGGGAGCGGAUCCCGGCUGAGAUGGCGCGCUUCUACCUAGCCGAGAUUGUCAUGGCCAUAGACUCCGUGCACCGGCUGGGCUACGUGCACAGGGACAUCAAACCGGACAACAUCCUGCUGGACCGCUGCGGCCACAUCCGCCUGGCCGACUUCGGUUCCUGCCUCAAACUGCGGGCGGAUGGAACGGUGCGGUCGCUGGUGGCUGUGGGCACUCCAGACUACCUGUCCCCCGAGAUCCUGCAGGCCGUGGGCGGUGGGCCCGGAGCGGGCAGCUACGGCCCCGAGUGUGACUGGUGGGCGCUGGGCGUGUUCGCCUACGAGAUGUUCUACGGGCAGACGCCCUUCUACGCCGACUCCACAGCGGAGACCUACGGCAAGAUCGUGCACUACAAGGAGCACCUGUCUCUGCCCUUGGCGGACGCGGGAGUCCCUGAGGAGGCUCGGGACCUCAUCCAGCGGCUGCUGUGCCCCCCGGAGGCCCGCCUGGGCCGGGGCGGGGCAGCUGAUUUCCAGAGGCACCCUUUCUUCUUUGGCCUGGACUGGGACGGUCUCCGGGACAGCGUGCCCCCAUUUACCCCGGAUUUUGAGGGUGCCACUGACACAUGCAACUUCGAUGUGGUGGAGGAUGGGCUCACUGCCAUGGUGAGCGGGGGCGGGGAGACGCUGUCGGACAUGCGGGAAGGCGUGCCGCUGGGCGCCCACCUGCCCUUCGUGGGCUACUCCUACUCCUGCCUGGCGCUCAGGGACAGUGAGGUCCCAGGCCCCACCCCCAUGGAACUGGAGGCCGAACGGCUGCCUGAGCCACACACGUGCGUGCCCAGCCUGGAGCCCCCGCUGCCCCUCCCGGAGGAAAGGGCUGAAGCGGCGGUGCCGGCGGCCCACCCCGCGGCGGAGGCCGAGGCCGAGGUGACGCUCGGGGAGAUCCAGGAGGCCCUGGAGGAGGAGGUGCUCACGCGGCAGAGCCUGAGCCGCGAGCUGGAGGCCAUCCGCACGGCCAACCAGGCCUUCGCCAGCCAGCUCCGCGAGGCCGAGGCCCGGAACCGGGACCUGGAGGCGCACGUCCGGCAGCUGCAGGAGCGGCUGCGGCUGCUGCAGGCCACUGGAGCUGCAGCUGUCACGGGGGUCCCCAGCCCCCGGGCCUCGGACGCACCUUCCCAUCUAGAUGGCCCCCCGGCCGUGUCUCUGGGCCAGUGCCCGCUGGUGGGGCCAAGCCCCAUGCACCGCCGCCACCUGCUGCUCCCUGCCAGGGUCCCUAGGCCUGGCCUAUCGGAGGCGCGUUCCCUGCUCCUGUUCGCCGCUGCUCUGGCUCAUGCCCCCGCCCUGGGCUGCGCUGGGUUGGUGGCCCGCGCCCGCCAUCACCCCGCGGCCUGGCGCCGCCCAGGAGCCCUCUUCGUCCCCCGAACCCUAAACUCCGGACUGUGCGCCCCUCGGGCCCCGUCGGAGGGUUGGGUGACCUGGCGCGGCCCAGAAGCCGCUCCCGACUCUCCGAGGGCGCUCGGGGCCCCAGCUCCGGUCCUGUGAUCCGGGCCCGCCCCCUGGCGGCCGGGGAGGGAGGAGCAGGUCCGCGGCCGGCGUGCGGGGCUCCGGGGGUUCGGGGGAGAGUGCCGCUGCCGGGGGAUGCGGACCCCUCGUUCACCCCGGGCUGCGCCCCGCGGUCCCGAGAGGGCAGCAGGCCGAGGCGCGGCCGCCCGGGGCUCCCUUCUGCGCACCCCCACCCGUCCCGAGCACGAGACCCUGCCCUCCGGGGGGCGUGCCGUUCCCGUGGCGACCUCCGCCCGCUCCCGCGGGGCUCCUGCGCCCUUUGCACGUGCGCUGCUCUCGGAGCCACGCCGGCUCCGCCCGCCUCGGCGGUGUGGAUAUUUAUUAACUUUGCCCUCCCGACCGCUGACGGGCCCCAGGACCCCGGCACUCCAGUCCACGUUUGGAUGCACUGAGACCCCCGACAUUCCUGGUAUUUAUUGUUUGUCCACACCUGGGACCCCACCCCCAGCCCCUCGCCAAUAAAAAGCCCUCUACUCGGCCCGA